AUGCCCUUUGCCGGUUAUAACUUGGCUCGACACCUGGCAGCUCCCAGCACUGCGCAUGGGCCGAUCCGCAUGGGCAUCUGUCUCCUGGGACGUCGGGAACCACCACCGGAACACGUUCACCAUUUCACCUUGCAGGUGCUCGGCUUACUGGUGUGGGCUCUCAUCGCUGACACAACAUACCACCUCCAUGCAGCGUACGGCUGGGUCAUGUUCGUGUCCAUCUCCUUCUGGAUAGUAACAGUCCUUUUCUUCAUGACUUACCUCCUGCAGCUUCAGCUGAAGUUCUAUGUGAUUCCUUGGCCCCUCGUGCUGAUGAUCUUCAAUGCUGUGGCAACUGUCCUGUACAUCACUGCCUUCGUAACAUGUGCGGCCGCUGUCCAGCCUACAUCGUGGCGGCAGUGGGAUUACAACCGGAGAGCCGCAGCAUCUUUCUUUGCCUGCCUCACAAUGAUCACCUACGGGGCAAGCACCUUCUUCAGCUUCCGUGCCUGGAAAGGACUCGGCAGCAAUGCAGCCACCAGCCAAGUGACUGACCAUGCGUAA